GGCAUGGGCGUGAAGUGCUUCCUAACUUACUCAGCUCCCAACUAGUGACCGUGAGAACAUUGCCUCAUUUUAGAGUUUGGAAUUAUGAAGGCUCGGUUUUAGAGAUGCAACAACGCUUCAUCAGCUAUAAAGAGCAAAAUGGCUUUACUAGCACUGUACCGGAGAUAGAGGGUGCGUCUGUAGAUCCAAACUGAAAGCUGCGAAGACAAACGGCGAUGCGUAACACAACAGACCUAAUAACAUCUAGUUUAUUACAUUUUCGACUUACCCAAUUUAUUGUUUUUAGUAGAAAACCGCGAAAUAACAGAGCACUUCCCAGGCAUGUGACUGACAUAUUGUAAAUUAUGCUCUAUAGCUGAUGAAUGCAUCGAUAAAACUAACACUUAGGGUUUCACAUGAGGGGCUGUAAGAACUGAGCUCGCAUGAGUAUUGUCUCCAUGUAAAAAGAAAGGAACAAUGGAGCAAAACGCAACAGAGGCUUGGUACAGUGAAGUGUCCACUCCGAACUACAGCACUCAUUUGGACACUUAUCAGAUUGUGAAGGGCUUCUUGGACUCGCAAUGGGUGUUGCAGGAAAACAUCAUUCUUGUGACACUUUACAUUCCUCUACUGAUUCUGGCCGCAGCCGCCAACGUACUCGUCAUUGUUGUCGUCAUAAAGUACCAUUACAUGAGGAGUGUCACUAAUUAUUUUCUGGUGAACCUGUCAGUCGCUGACCUUCUGGUGACUCUGAUCUGCAUGCCAGUGGCAAUAAGUCAAGCCGUCAUCAAGAUCUGGCUGUACGGAGAGUUCAUGUGCAAAAUAACAUACUACUUGCAGGGAGUUUCCGUUGGCGCCAGCGUGUUCACCAUCACAGCAAUGAGCAUAGACAGGUACCUCGCUAUACGACAUCCGAUGGCUUUCCGGAAGAUAUUCAACAGAACUACUACUCUCUUUGUGAUAGUGAUUUUGUGGAUCGUGGCUCUAAGUAUAUUCGCACCUGUGAUCUGGGUGCGUCAGGUAGAAAUGAUUGACAUUGGCGAGCCUAACCUAAACCUGCCAGGGUUCUGCAUUGAGAAGUGGCCGGAUAACCAGGAGCGGCUUGUUUAUGGAGUGCUCUGCUUUGUUUUCGUGUACGCAAUACCAGGUUCUGUGGUUGUGCUUGCCUAUUCUCUAAUGGGUCUCCGCCUCUGCGCCAUCAGCCCACCUUUCGAUGGGCCUGGCAACGAGGGCAUGGCCAGUACAAGACAGUGCACACGACUCGUCCGGGAAAGGCGACGUGUAGCCCGUAUUUUGCUACUGCUGGCUGUGCUCUUCGCCUUCUGCUGGCUGCCGUACAACGUACUGGCCCUCCUGUUCGACUUGGGCGUCAACAAGAACAUAAAACUCUUCUCCUUUGCUCUACUGCUCGGCCAUGCUAAUUCCGCCAUCAAUCCGAUCCUCUACUGUUUCAUGACCCGCAACUUCCGCAGGGCAGUGCGGGAGCUCGUUCUUUGCUCCCGGGUCUCCCUCGCAACGAGGCCGCACCAACGAUGCAAUAUUAGAGCGCCUCUUCGAAGCGCCACCACAUCAAGCGGUUACGAUUCCUACCGCAGUCCGCACCGGCGGUGCUACAUGCUGCAUACACUCCGGAGAGCUGCAGCCAUAAACGAGAACCUUCGGACCCACCACGCUCCGCCACAUGCAGCCACAAUUCAUUUCAUCAACCAGCAGCAGAGCCAUCACCACAAAGAACAAGGCACUCCAGAUUCACUGCUGCAGGAGCAGACGCGACAGUGCUGCCACCAUCAUUACCGCUACAGUCACCACCAGCCAACCACUGUGUCCUCCGGCAGGGCGACCAGUUCCACACGUGCUACGGCGCUUGCAGACAGCAAUCGCUAUCUCUGAGCUCCCACAUGGGAUGUAAUCAGAUAUUCUCUAAGCAAGAAAUUAAGAGACGGAACCAAGGACUGUCCACAGUUUAAUAAGACUUUCCAAAACAAUUUCCCUGAGGUUCGUGCAGAAAAUUCGAAAUGUCCACAAUACCAUAGAAGUCGCCGAGACACGGGAACAACUAAUUUCUAUAACAUGAACGUGAAUUCAAUAUAAAUUUACGAACAUGGUUCUUGAAUGCAGUGUGAUAAUUCCACACAUCCACCUCUCGCGUAAGAAACCUGUCAGCAGACGGGCUACUAGAAAAUCUGCGAAUACGCUAACAAUCAAUUUCUAGAUAAUUUUAUUCUUUUAAAAAAGGUAAAGCUAUCCUUGUAGCAGGCCGUGAAGGCCCAUAGGGUUGUAAGACGUCGA